GGGCACUGCGGGAAACUCUGCCCAGUGUAUGCUUUGCAGAGCACCCCAGCUUCUGAAGCGUUGCCUGGUGAAGCUGGAAUCGGAGGAAGAUAACGCCAGCCCCUCCUGGUCCUACAAAGGUACUCCUCAGCUCUGGGGCAAGCUGCUCCCAACAGCGAACUGAGGGGUACGGCCCGCUGCCCUGCUAUGGCUCGCUGGCAGAGGGGACUGCCCCUGGCUCCUGGAGGCCUCCUGCCAAAACCAACCCCCACCCAUCCAAACUGAUUUAACGCAGAACACAACGCUUGCUUUUCGCAUUUGCUCUCCUGUGCUUCUGCCUUUAAUGCUCCUAGCUCCUAGCCUGUAAAAGCUAGAAACUUUCUGUGUGUGAAAUAAAAGGGAAGGAACCGCCGUUUUGUUGCGUUUCCAGAAGCUGUCCUGAUACCACCAGAUACCAUCAGGCCCGCAGCAGAACCACAAAGCCCGAUAACAAAACUCUUGCAGUGUACAUACACGCCAGCUAACACAGCCCUGGCCCCGUAGGGUUUACACACCUCAGCGCUCGUAAACGGUCUCCCCGAGCCUGACGGGACAAGUGUCGAGGCUUCAGGCAAGCAUCAGCACCGAUGGCAGCAUCCUAAAACAUUAAAAAAUGGUGUGGGAGGAAACUCUAGUCCUAAAAAUAUCAGUCACUGGUGAGCGCCUAGGAGGGAGCUGUGCACCCGCUGCUUCGUGUUUUGCCUCUCGCCUUUCACGGGCUUCGCUUCUGCCUGGUGCUGAGCUCUGCCACCGCACCGGGCUAACAGCCUCCUGCGUCUGCCCAGGGCUCGCCGGCUGCCUCUGCCCCUGCGGGAAAGAUGGGAAAGGGCUACAAGGUGGUGGUUUGUGGAAUGGCCUCAGUGGGAAAGACUGCGAUUUUGGAGCAGCUUCUCUAUGGAAAGCAUACUGUUGGCUUAGAAGAGGGUGCCACAAUGGAAGAUGUAUACUUGGCGUCGGUGGAGACAGACCGAGGUGUGAAGGAACAGUUACGGCUGUAUGACACCAGGGGUCUGCAGGAAGGCAUAGAAUUGCCAAAACACUAUUUCUCUGUCGCCGACGGCUUCGUUCUCGUGUACGCCGUGACCAGCCUUGAAGCUUUCCAAAGAGUCGAAAUGCUCAAAAAGGAGAUCGAUGUCUUCAGAGACAAGAAGGAGGUAACAGUUAUUGUCUUGGGAAACAAAACUGACCUCCUGGACCAGAGGCAAGUGGAGACAGAAGCAGCACAGCAGUGGGCAAGGGCUGAGAAAGUGAGACUGUGGGAAGUGACGGUGACAGAUCGGAAAACACUGCUUGAGCCCUUUACCUUCUUAGCUAGCAAACUCUCCCAGUCCCAGAACAAAUCAACAUUUCCCUUGCCUGGAAGGAAGAACAAAGGGAAUAACUGUGAUAACUAAGCUACCUUAGCACUGUCUGCUGCUGCCAGGUCACAGCCUAAGUCCUUUCGGUAACAUUUGCUUCUCACAGUUUCACUUAAAGCAAUAAUCUCAUUCAGCAAUAAAAUCGGCAAGCUUAUGGCUGAGGUAUCCUUCCCUCUCACGGACUUAGCUUGAAAAAGUCAAUGGUGGUAAAAGCCUUAAAAAGCACUUUAUGAGAGUUGUCGUCUUGCAACAGGAGUUGUAGAGGAGGCAGGGACAGGGGGACACCUCUCAGAGGGGCUUCAAGUAUGCCUGGACACAGCCAUGUUGAGGGACAAAUCAACAAACUUGUCAUUAAGCAAUACCCCUGCAGAUCUAUAGCCUCUAGUCACAAAUAGUACUAGCUGCAAUAAAGCAUUCAGUUUGGAAAGAGGAUAUGUUUGAAAUGGCAACAAUCCUUUUACCUGGACCUUCAACAGGACUACAGGACUUUUUGAUGCUGCAGGAGGCUGAGGUCAGUAAGGGUUUGGGGCAGGAGGAACAACUACCAGCAGAUUAUGCUGCUGAAGUUUUGCUAGUGUCUGGAAGAAAAAAAAAAAAAAAAAAAAAAAAAAAAUACAAUAAACAAAUCUUGUGGGAAGAUCUACCCUGAUGUGAAGCUUGUCGGCAAAGUCUGACAAGUAGUGCUUUCAGCUCAGGAAUUUAUUUGUACAAACCAGAAAAGGUCUCAGAGCACUCAUUAAUUUAACUGCGACCUGAAGGACGACAUAGCUGUAUGUGCUUCUGUUCCAGCAUGUCCAGUACAAAUCAGCCACAUUCACAUAGGUGAUAAUUUUACUGAGAAAUUGCACAGAGCAGUUUUGUAUGCAGGAGGUACUGCCCGAGCUCUGCUUAGUGCAUUGCAUAAUACUCCCACCCAGCCAUUCAGCAAAGCAGGGGGGCAGAGAGGGGGCUAGGGAACGUAGGAGGCUGCCUUUUGGGAACAUCCCCACGGCAAAUGCCCAGAAAUACCUGUACAAAUGGCCUUGGUCUUAAUAUGCCACACAUGGUCCAGCAGCAGGAGCACAUCUAUACAUGCUGUAUUUGACUCUACAGUGAUAAACCUGUGCUGCAGGAACCUGCUGUUGUAGGUUAGCCUGUCAGUAAACUAAACAAAAUUGGAUAUAUAGGGACAGAACGAGCAACUGUUCCCAGAGAGAGUGGGCAGCUUUUGGUCUCUAACCACCUCUUAUACUAAUUGAGACUAGCUUUUUUUUAUAUCUGAAGACAAGAGUGGGGAGAGGGAGUGAACUGAAGUACUCAGUUCCCUCGUUUUCCGUUAAAUUAAUGUUGUUUUGGACAAGUAUUGAGAAUGUUGAGAGUUUCACUGUGAGUAAGCAAAACCACAAGCAAUAUUUGCAUUGUCAUAUCAUAACUGCUAAAUAGUAAGUGUGCUUAAUGAUCACAAUUAAACUCUGCGCUUAUAGCAUUGCUCUUCCUGAAUACUGCCAAAUAAAGUCUGUCAGCAUUAUUAACGUCAGAGUGGCAGGCAGUACAAUUCACUAAAAGCUAAGCAGGUAUUCCUACCUUUAUAAUGAAGGUAGACGAAACUGUUUAUGUGCUUUACUCAAUAUAGUUUGGAUUACUGUGGCCGAGGAGUAAGAUAAGAGAGCAAUUAUGAAUGAGCAAGCUCUUGUAAUGCCCUGCUGGAAACAUACAAUUGUUUCCAUUGCAACACUGCAGCUGAGUAAGCACUACAGUACCAUCUCCUCCAACCUGGCUAGGAACAGUCAUGGUCCCUGGCGAUGCUGCAGAACAACACUCCCUCCUCACUCAUUUCCUACCAAACACACGUGUACUCAAGGCUGCUCCCUACCCAGAAGACUCCGCAUCUCACCAAGGAAUUGGUGAUCCUCCUCAGCUCUGCAGAACACUCCUUCUAGAAGGGACUAGACUCAGCUUUGCAUCAAUCAAGUGAAGCUCUCUGCUGACUGCAUGCUGUCACAGAAGCUGACCCUUGAGCCGAGGGAGCAGAGGUUGACAAGUCAGAAUUUACUUAAAAUGUGUGGAGAUGGAAGAAAUGGAUAUGACUGGUUCUGGUCCAGUUCUGCACCCCCCAGACUUGGUGCCGAUUCCACUGCCAAGACCGAUGUCACCUGUAGGCUGCCGACACUGUGUUGUGUGAGAUCAGCUUGCUCACUUGCUCCCCUGGACACUCAGGACUUAACCAUGUUUUAAGAAAGCCGAGAAGAAAAGGGGUCUUCUGACUGACUAAGGCCAUUUUUCCAAACAGGUUACAUAAAGGCAAACACUUUAUCUUUGAUUUGAUUAAAUUCAUUAGAAAUGAGUUUAGAUCAUCUCGGGCAUUCACAUAAACAACUACCACCCACUGUUUUCUUUCAUAAGCUUACUCUGCUGCUUAUUAAACACUCAAAUCAAUUGUCUUUUCUAAAUACCAUAGUAUUUUAUUGACGAGUGAUGGAAAAUGUAGUGGCUCCUCUGCAAAUAAACUAACUACAUGCAGUGACUGAGUAAAAA